AUGGCUGCGCGUUUCCUGCCAACUGUGUUGCUUUUCAUCGCCUUCUUGGUGGGAUUUGGACAUACUGCUCUACACUUACCAUUGUACAGAAGAGGCGGACGGCUGUCUCGACACGAGCCAGCAGAUCUGUCGCAUUUUGCAACUCUUCUGGCAGAAGCUGAAGCUCGUUAUGCGCUCUCUUACCGAGAAAUCGAGGGUAAUCGCCUUGUUCGCAGGUGGCUGCCACCCGAAGGAAAAGACGAGAACGAUCCGAGUUUGAUUGAUGUAGCUGGUGGGCAGCACCGAUGGUAUACUGAACUACGCGCUGGCGAUCCGCCACAGAAACUCGAGAUUGAUAUCGACAUGCUGAGCUCUGACUUUUACACUAUCAUGACCACAAGCGGGAAGGGUUCAAGAUAUGAUACAUUUGCGUCGAAGUCUCAUGGACACAGUGAAGCAAGAGUGCAUCCCCUCUGUCGACGCCCGAAUGACGAAUUCCAUUUCCCAGACUCUAACAUUCCAGUCCGCCUCGAUUUCCCAAUCUGCAGCCCGUCCAAAGCAUCGCGAGUGACACUGGCGAACUCAGGCUCGUUUCUCGGUCUCGCGCCACACCAAUCCCUCGCCCGACUUUCUUCGGCACCGCUUCUUGUUCAGCUACAGAAGAAGAAUACAAUACAGGACAACACAUGGUCAGUAACACUCCUUGACGCAGAAAGUGGGAUCCUCAGUUUAGGAGCCACAAUUGCAAAAGAAGUCGAAGAAGCAAAGAUACGAGGAGAAAUCGAGUUGAAGUAUUUCGGCGAUCCUGUGGCAAACCCACAAUGGAUCACAAAGCAGGUCGACAACCAGCUGAGAAUCUUAAUGCUCUCUGAACUUCCCUGGGACCAUCACUUCAAGUGGACAAAAGUCCAAGGUGCGGCAGGGUGGUGGACGGCACUGAUGAGUGGGGUGUGGAUAAACGGAGCAAAGGUCCUCAAGAAUCAGCGCGUCCUCUUCGACAUCAACGUCCCAUAUAUCCUCGCACCACCUGUCGCAGCGCAACGAUUCUAUGAAUCAAUUGGCGGGACAAAGCGGCUUGAUCCACCAUACGACUCCUUCUUUGCAUUUCCAUGCCUCAACGGCGUCAAUAUCGGCCUCGAGAUCGGCGGGUGGAUUUUCCCGAGCAUGAGCGGCGAAGGGACAAGAGAAGAUGCCCUAAACGGCCCUGCUGGCGGCAGAUUCAGCUUGGGGAAACUUGGAAACGGCACGGGAUAUUGUGUUGGCAGUGUCGUCGAGACGACGAUGGGUUUGCGGAAAGAGUGGAUGGCCAGUGGUAUGAAGGAUAUGUGGGUUCUUGGAGAGCCGUUCUUUAGAGGACUUGGUGUGGCUUUUGAUGUCGACAAGGGAAGGGUAGGUGUGAGAGUGUACUGA